AUGACUCUCAUACGACUGACCUUCCUUCUCGCUUGCCUUGUGGCUGCCGUCCAAGCCAAGAUCUUUGGUCGCUGUGAGCUGGCCCAUGUGCUGAAGAAUAAUGGGAUGGAUAAUUAUGCGGGUUACAGCCUGGCCAACUGGAUCUGUAUGACCUUUUUUGAGACUGGCUUUGACACAGAGGCUGUUGAUCACCAUAAGGAUGGCACCAAAGACUAUGGCAUCUUCCACAUCAACAAUGGUUGGUGGUGCAAAGACGAAGACACCAUGUCUGAAAACCUUUGCACCAUGUUGUGUUCAGAUUUACUCACUCCUAAUAUAGAAGAUGAUAUUACCUGUGCCAAGAGAAUUGUGAAAGAUCCCCAAGGAAUGGGGAGCUGGGACGAAUGGAAAAAGCACUGUGAAAACCAAGACCUGGAGGAAUGGGUGAAGGGGUGUAAGAUUUGAAAAGCUGACUGGAGAU